GCAUUGUUUGAAUUGUACCGGCUGUGAGUGCAGUCAGAUCAACCGAAGCGCUUCAGUUUAAAGGAUUUUACUUCAUAUAACCCGCACAGUACCAGCAUCAGUAUCUACGAUGAGACACAAGCCCUCCAGCAAGAGGAAGCAGGCCAGUCCCAAACGCAGGUCUCCUGUACGAACCCGCCGAGACAGCGGUCCAUCAGAAGCGUCCCCGAGAAAGAAGAGAAGGUUUCGGCCCGGCAUGAGGGCUCUGAUGGAGAUCAGGAAAUACCAGAAAUCUACAGAUCUGCUGCUGCGCAAGGGACCGUUCUCACGCCUGGUACGAGAGGUGUGUCAGAUGUUCAGCCGGGAGAACCUGAUGUGGCAGGCCUAUGCCCUCAUGGCCCUGCAGGAGGCCGCAGAAGCCUUCCUGGUGCGCCUCUUCUCAGACGCUAACCUGUGCGCGAUACACGCCAAGCGAGUGACCCUGUACCCCCGCGACAUCCAGCUGGCCCGACGAAUCCGAGGAGUGGAGAACAUAUGACCUCGUCCGGCGUUUCGGCUCCACCGAACUGUUCUGCAGCCUCCCGUUCCUUCCACAUUCGGUUCCUUCCGCCCGCUGCUCUGAGGGGUGUGGAUGUGUCGUAGGUGUCACCCAAUCCAGUCGUGUCUAAUUGAAGCUUCUUUUCACCUGCCGGGGGGGGGUCUCACCGAGCGCGUCUCAACUGGCCAGUAGAGGUCGUAAUUGUCCCAUUGAUGAGGAACCCCUAAUUCAUCUCUUGUCCCUCCCAUUACAGACGCAGCCAAUCGUAGUCUGUAUAGGCGCCUGGUCGGCCCUCCCCUAACAGUCACAGCCAUGCGUUAGUCUGUAUAGACGCCCAAUCGGCCCUCCCUUUACAAACACGGCCAAUCGUUAGUCUGUAUAGUGGCCCGGUCGGCCCUGCCCCUACAGACACAGCCAAUCGUGAUUGUGUAUAGGCGCUCGGUCAGCCCUGCCCCUACAGACACAGCCAAUCGUGGGUCUGUAUAGGUGCCCGGUCGGCCCUCCCCUAACAGAAACAGCCAAUCGUUACCCUCCCCUUACAGACACAGCCAAUCGUGGGUCUAUAUAGGUGCCCGGUCAGCCCUCCCAGUACAGACACAGCCAGUUGUGGAUCUGUAUAGGCGCCCGGUCGGCCCUCCCAGUACAGACACAGCCAAUCGUCGGUCUGUAUAGGUGCCCAGUCGACCCUCCCAGUACAGACACAGCCAGUUGUGGAUCUGUAUAGGCGCUCGGUCGGCCCUACCAGUACAGACACAGCCAAUCGUCGGUCUGUAUAGGUGCCCAGUCGACCCUCCCAGUACAGACACAGCCAGUUGUGGAUCUGUAUAGGCGCUCGAUCAGUCCUCCCCUUAAAGACACAGCCAAUCGUGUGUCAGUAUAACGCCCUGGUCGACCCUCCCAGUACAGACACAGCCAGUUGUGGAUCUGUAUAGGCGCCCGGUCGGCCCUCCCAGUACAGACACAGCCAAUCGUGUGUCAGUAUAACGCCCUGGUCGACCCUCCCAGUACAGACACAGCCAGUUGUGGAUCUGUAUAGGCGCCCGAUCAGUCCUCCCCUUAAAGACACAGCCAAUCGUGUGUCAGUAUAACGCCCUGGUCGACCCUCCCAGUACAGACACAGCCAGUUGUGGAUCUGUAUAGGCGCCCGGUCGGCCCUCCCAGUACAGACACAGCCAGUUGUGGAUCUGUAUAGGCGCCCGGUCGGCCCUCCCAGUACAGACACAGCCAGUUGUGGACCUGUAUAGGCGCCCGGUCGGCCCUCCCAGUACAGACACAGCCAGUUGUGGAUCUGUAUAGGCGCCCGGUCGGCCCUCCCAGUACAGACACAGCCAAUCGUGGGUCUGUAUAGGUGCCCGGUCAGUCCUCCCCUUAAAGACACAGCCAAUCGUGUGUCAGUAUAACGCCCUGGUCGGCCCUCCCCUUACAGACACAGCCCAUCUUGGGUCUGUAUAGGCGCUCUGUUGUCCCUCCCCUUACAGACACAGCCAAUCGGUCUUCUUUUAUAGACACAGCCAAUCGUGGAUCUGUAUAGGCGCUCGGCCGGCCCUUCCCAAACAGACGCAGCCAAUCGUGGGUCUGUAUAGGCGCCCGGUCAGUCCUCCCCUUACAGACACUGCCAAUCGUGAUUCUGUAUAGGCGCCUGGCUGGUGAUAGCAGAGCUGAGGUUCGAACUCGAGCUCAAUUGAGCCACCCAAGCGCCCGUAGGUGAGUCCUGAUCCUCAGACGUACAAUAUAGUUCCAUUUUCAUCACCUUCUGCAUUAGGCUCCUGCACACAGACUAUGAAUAACGGAGAGCAGUGCCUAACAAGCCAUACGCUGUGCUGCUCUCUGUGUGAAACCGUCUCUGGCAGGUGAAUAGAAGCGCUCGGUUACACACGUAAUGGAGCGGGCACGUGCUGGGUAGGGUGGGGUUCUGCAGCGGGGGAGGAAAAGGCUAUAAAGGCAUUGCUAAUAUUAUCUUUAAUUUUGGGACACACCUCUGGGUGGGUGGUCAAGAUGAGUAAGGACGAGCCGAAUGUGAAACGGACUGCUUAUUGAAGUUUUAUUUGUUAAAUUUACGUCGUCUAGCGGAUGCUAUUAUCCAAAGCGACCUACAGUUUGAGUUUGAAGGUUAAGGGCCCUGCUCAGGGGCCCAACAGUGGCAACCUGGUGGCAGUGGGGUUUUAAUCAGCGGCCCUCCAAAUACAAUUCCUGUUUUUUUUUUUAAUUCGACUAACAAUAAGAUGUGCCACUGCUGAUCGAUACUGGAGCUGCACUAUAUGGCCAAAAGUAUUUGGACACCUGACUGGUCAUUUAAUUUUUCAGUUUUAAAAACAAAUGAUAUUAAAACAGAGUGACUGUUAUGUGAUCUUUUUAGCUAGAAGCCUUCUCACAACACUUUGUAUGGGAAUUUGUGCCCAUUCAGUCAAAAGGUAACAUUUGUAUGGCUGGAAACACAUGAAUUCAGAAGUGGUGUCCCAAUACUUUUGUCCGUAUAGUGAACCAGUCGUGCGCUCGCUGUUUUAUCACAUUAUUCUUAAUGAAAUGGAAAUUUAAAAAGGUUUUUGAUGUUAAAUAUGUAAAUAAUGCAAUUUCAAUUGUUACUUUAUCUAAUUCAUCUAUCUACACGCCAAAACUGAUGGACCUUCAUCACGGUUUCAUCUCAAUGCCAUUAGAAUGACUGAAUGAAUGCUGUUCUGGUAUCAGUGAUGGAUUUAUAAAUCAAACCUGUAGAUUCUACCACAGUAACGGUAGAAGACUUACUCAGUAUAGUCGCCUCCAUACACCUCGUGAUGUCGGCAUUAAUAAUCCAUGUGUAUCGUUAGCUCCUCUCGCUCUGUUCUCACUUCUGAUGUGUAUAGAUUGGUUUGUAUUUUAACCUGUAUAUAAUUAUGAUUUUAUUGUUAAUAAACGUGUUUUUUUAACAAA